AUUCGGUGGACGAACUGUGGCAAUCUUCCUUUACGUAUUUAUCUGGAAUAACUUCCGACUCAUGGAACUCCCAUGGGAUUCCCCGUGGACAUGGAUUCUGUGCUUAAUCUUUCAGGAUCUGAUGUACUACUGCGGCCAUCGAGCUGUUCAUGAAGCAGGAUUCUUCUGGGGACUUCAUACUAUCCACCACAGCUCGGAGUAUUACAACCUUUCAACCGCCCUCCGACAGGCUGCUUUCCAAGAUGCGGGUCUGGCUAUUUACGAUGUUCUACAGGCCUUCUUCAUACCACCACCAAUAUUUCUCGUGCAUCGCUACUUCAGUGAAAUCCUUCAGUUUGUCAUGCAUACC